AUCUCGGCGGCAACACAAUGGCGACACCCUUACUCCAUCACCAAGUUCCUUAUCCGUCUCUUUCGCUCUCCCUCCAUUUCUUGUCAUUAAAUUCCGGGAGUCCUGCAUCACCAAAACUGAAGCUUUUCUCUGUUUUUCCUUCAAAGGCAUCACCUUUCUUCUUCCCUUUCUCCAUGGGCUCCCUCUCUGAUCCUUUUCCUCGCCUUCUCUACCCUGCAGCCCGCCGCGACGACUCCAUUGUUGAUAACUACCAUGGCGUCGCCAUUCACGACCCUUAUCGAUGGCUGGAGGACCUGGAAUCGCCGGAGACGAAGGCGUUCGUGGAGGCGCAAGCGGCGGUUACUGAUUCGGUGUUGGCUGAGUGCAGCGAGAGGGAGAAGCUGCGUUGUGAGAUCACUGCGUUGUUCGACCAUGAGAGGUAUGAGGCGCCAUUUAAGCGGGGAGAGAAGUAUUUCUACUUUCAUAACAGCGGUCUGCAGUCACACAGUGUCCUGUUCGUCCAGAGUCAAUUGGAUUCAGAGCCGGAGGUCUUGCUCGACCCCAAUGCGCUAAGCGAGGAUGGGACUGUCGCUCUCAGCAUUGCAGCGAUUAGUAGAAAUGGUGAACAUUUGGCUUAUGGUCUUAGCUCGAAUGGGAGCGAUUGGAUUACGAUCAGAGUAAUGCGGAUUGAUGAUAAGAAGCCCGAACCUGAUACGAUUUCAUGGGUUAAAUUUUCGACCGUUAGUUGGACCGUAGAUGGGAAGGGGUUCUUCUACAGUAGAUAUCCGGCUCCAAAAGAAUGGGAUAAUGUAGAUUCUGGAAUGGAGACUGGUAUCAAUCUUAAUCAUCAGCUCUAUUACCAUUUUUUGGGUACCGAUCAAUCUGAAGAUUUAUUGUGCUGGGAAGACCCUGAGAAUCCGAAGUACAGAUUUAGAGCAACUGCUACUGAAGAUGGGAAGUAUAUUAUUUUAUAUAUCUUUGAAGGCUGUGAUCCAGUAAAUAAGCUAUACUACUGCGAUUUAGCUACACUUUCUGGGGGACUUGAAGGUUUCAAGGGAAGCAAAGGCUUUCUUUCCUUCAUCAAAUUGGUUGAUACUUUUGAAGCACGAUAUUCAGUCAUUGCAAAUGAUGAAUCUGAAUUCACAUUUUUAACAAAUAAAGAAGCUCCAAGAUAUAAAUUAGUACGUGUUGAUCUCACUAAACCUGAUGAAUGGAUUGAUAUAUUAAAAGAAGAUCAAAAGGAUGUGCUACAGUCUGCUUAUGCUGUUAAUGGAAACCAACUUCUGGUUUGUUAUCUUAGCAAUGUUAAGCAUAUGUUGCAGAUAAGAGACUUAAAAACUGGUCAGUUUCUACAUUGUUUACCCAUAGACAUUGGUUCAGUCACUGAGGUCUCAGGCAAGCGUGAAGAUACUGAGAUUUUCUUUAGCUUCAGUAGCUUUCUUACACCAGGAAUUAUUUAUAAGUGCAAUUUGUCAACUAGUGUUCCUGAAAUAAAGAUAUUCAGAGAAGUUUUGGUUCCUGGAUUUAAUAGAGGAGAUUUUCUGGUUAAACAGGUCUUUUUUCCUAGUAAAGAUGGGGUUAAGAUACCGAUGUUCGUCGUUUCAAAGAAGAAUAUCACUUUAGAUGGAUCUCAUCCAACUUUGCUAUAUGGUUAUGGGGGUUUUAACUAUAGUCUAACACCAUAUUUUAGCGUUAAUAGGGUAGUUCUCGCAAGAAAUUUCGGUUUUGUAUUUUGUAUAGCAAAUAUUCGUGGCGGUGGAGAGUAUGGGGAAGAAUGGCAUAAAGCAGGUUCUCUUUCGAAGAAACAGAAUUGCUUCGACGACUUUAUAGCUGCAUCUGAAUUCCUCAUUUCAGCUGGCUACACUAAUUCAAGUAGACUGUGUAUAGAAGGUGGAAGCAAUGGUGGACUACUAGUUGCAGCUUGCAUAAAUCAGAGGCCCGAUCUCUUUGGUUGCGCCCUUGUUCAUGUUGGUGUCAUGGAUAUGCUUCGUUUUCACAAAUUCACUAUUGGCCAUGCUUGGACAUCUGAAUUUGGCUGUUCAGAUAUCGAGGAAGAAUUCCACUGGCUUAUUAGAUAUUCACCAUUGCACAAUGUGGCGAGGCCAUGGCAGAAGACUUCCAAUGCAUCGAUCCAAUAUCCAUCUACUAUGCUAUUGACAGCAGACCAUGACGAUCGUGUUGUGCCACUACACUCAUUUAAGAUGUUAGCUACAAUGCAGUACAUCCUGAAAACUCCACAGAAGAAUCCCAUCAUAGCCCGCAUUGAUCGCAAGGCUGGUCAUGGAGCUGGUCGCUCAACUCAAAAAAUGAUUGAAGAAGCUGCUGAUCGUUAUGGCUUUGUGGCGAAGAUGAUGGGGCUCUCAUGGAACCAUUAAUUCAUGACAUCAUAGAAAAGAAAAAGGCUUGUUCUUGAAGCCAAUAAGGUUCUAUGUUUGGAAAUUGAUUUAGCGGUGUGAAAUCUGAACAUUUUUUAUAUAUUGAAAUCUCAUCAAUGUUAGUGAAAAUCUGAAGUGCCCAGAAA